AUGGAGUUCACACUUCCUUUGUCAAGUAUUGACAGUCAGACUUCUACCUCUUACAAGAACUGGCAGCACAUGAAGCAGAGAUUCAAGGACCACUUUUCCUUGGAGCAUAAGGAACAGAAUCAUUCUAAAAGUAGUGUAGCUUCGCUACUAAUGUUUUUUAAUGGAGAUAAAAUUAGAGGCAUCAUGAAGUCAUUUUCUGUAUGUGCAGACGACAAAUUUAGCUUGUUAGACAGUGUGUUUGAAAACAUAGAAGACCUUUGUCUGCCUGGCUUUAUUUUAUUGUAUGACCGCUUCAGGUUUUGUUCUCUCAGGCAGAAACGGUUUGAGGAUUUGAGCCAGUUUGUUUCCAAGUUACAAAUCUUGGCAGAUUUUUGUGAGCUGCGUGAGCAGCGCCAGAAGUAUGUUACAAACAGGAUUGUAGAUGGAGUCUGCAGUGAAUCACUGAGGAAACAUCUACGAAGAGUUUCUGAUCUAGAACUUGAAACAGCACUAGAUAUUUGUGAGAAAGCACAGAGAGUCAGAAAAGACAAGUGUGUUGAUGUUACUUGUCAAGAGAUUAGCGGCAAGGCAGAAGUUUUGAGACGUAAGCCUCAUGCAGAAAAUAAGAAAAGGAAAAUUGUGAAUGGAAAGAGUGGUAACAUUAGGAAGAUAAGCAGUGUCAAUAGGAAAAAAAGCGAUGUCAGAAAAAAGAAAACCAGCACCAGGGAGAAGAGAGGCAGACAGGGUUCAGCAUCAGGUGAUAAUCUGCCUCAACAGACAGGUAAGAUGGAAACAAAGAGUGACAGAUCAAUGAGGUCUAGAACUACAAAUUUAGGCAUCUUCAAAGAAACAGAUCAUAGUAUAGAAGCUGCUUCAGGAGAAACAACAUCACCUAUCUCAUCUUCUACUCUGCGAAUACUUCGAAAUAAUUGCCCGACUAAACACAGUGGUUCAAUCAAGACUUUGCCAGAGAGACCUAACAUAAAACCUAACGCAAAGUCUGUGGUGUCUGAACAAAGCAGUGAAUCACAAGAUGUGAAAAUCCACACAACUCAUAAAAUGGUCAUGUGUGGUCAGUCAGAUGUACCACAUCCCACAGCCACUAAAUCCACAUUGUCUGAUAGUGAGGACAGACAGAAGUCGGGCAAACAUGCUAGUUCAGAUCCGGCUUCGUUGAGUGCUGUUGGGCAUUAUAUCUCUGUCAGCAAAAGCAAGGAUAGUCAGGUCUGUAAAAAUGAAGAGGUGGCUGUGAACUAUUCGCAGAUGGAUAACUUUAUGGACCUCAAAUCAGACCAAGAAACUUCUCAUGCAUGUCAAGGGAACAAUGAAAAUUCUGAAAAUAAAGAUAACAAGCAAUUAAGAAAAUGUAUAAUUCAUGGGCAGAGUUUAGGUAGGUCCUGCGAGGUUCAGUGUCAUUCAAGAAAUACAGUGGAUCAGGUGAUUAAAUGUAGUGUCUGUAACACACUCGUCACUUCGAGUCACAAAUUGUCACAGCACAUGAAGCAGACACAGCCUGAUUUGUUAACCUCUCAUUGUGGUGAGUGUCAGGUCCUAUUUGAGUCCCAGAAUGCUCUGGACCAGCACAGAAUCUCACACUCAGCAGGACCUAACAUAGCAACAGAAGAGAACCUCACCUGCAGAGACUAUGGUAUGGAAUUGAAAAGCUCCAGUAAGUACUGUCACCAUAGAAGAAAAAAACACAAGAGCGUCACCUGUGGGUGCGAUAAGUGUGGCCUGUCUUUUCCUUACCCAUCCAAGCUGAAGCUUCAUCUAAUGAGCAAACACAACGCUACCAAGCCCUUCAUGUGUGAGAUCUGUGGUUCUUCUUUUGCUGAAAAAAACAUGCUGACCACACACAAGAACAUACACACUGGGGAUAAGAAGUAUGAAUGUCCAACAUGUGGCCGACGGUUCAUGUUAAAGACAACCCUGGGUAACCACAUGCAGACCCACCUGGAUCGCAGACCCCACACCUGCAACAUUUGUGGCAUGGGUUUCAAGUUAUCCUACUACCUCAAAAGUCACUUGAAAACCCACUCGGAAACCCGGGAACGACCACACAUUUGCUCCAAGUGUGGAGCAGCUUUUCUGAAACUAGCUCAACUGAAAAACCACGAGAGGAAACACACUGGAGAGAAACCCUACAGCUGCCAUGUGUGCAGCAGCCACUUCUCUCAGUUGUCCAGCAUGAAAAAACACAUCAAACAAAUCCACGAAGGUGUCAAGCCAAAGGACAGAUUCUCUUGUGAGUACUGUGGCCUGUCCUUCACCCACUCCUGCAAACUGAAACUCCAUCUGAUGAAACACACCGGCGAACGCCCAUUUUCUUGUAACUUCUGUGGCUGCACCUACAGAGAAAAACAUCAGCUGAAUACACACAUGAAAAUCCAUGGCGGGAAUGAGCCUUUUAAAUGUCCCUUCUGCAUACGCCGGUUCCUGCAGAAGUCUUCUCUGGAGGGUCAUGUUAGAAAACAUACAGGGGAAAAGCCAUUUCAGUGUACUGUUUGCUUUCAGAGCUUCUCUCAUAAAGGUUACUUAAGGGAUCAUCUGAAAGUCCAUGAUGAGAACCGGGAAAGGAAAUAUAAAUGUGGUAUUUGUGACAAAGCUUUUACAUGUUCCUCACAUAUGAGGAGUCAUGAGAAGCUGCACAAUGGUGACAAGCCUCAUAAAUGUGACAUAUGUGGGUCUCAGUUCACCAAGAGAUCCUCAGUGAAAAAACACCUUAAAAGAACCCAUGGAAUUCAAGAUGCAACAGCACUUCAGGUUCAGAAUUGUAAUAUAGGGUCGGUUGUUUCAGAAGAUGCAAAAAUGGGUAUGAUCUUGCCACACAUGCACCCAGUUGACAUGUGUGACCAGAUGGAGCAGCAGACUGAUAUGCUGCCUGGCAAUCAACACCAGAUACUGGUGGAUACACAGUCACACAGAGAAACUCAGACAGACAGAUCUAAAGAAUGCACACCAGUAGAAAAUACUGAGACACCCCAACAGUUGCAUUCACAGCUGCAUCUGUCCCACAUCCACUCAGCAAUCAGACCUGAAGUUCUCUUAGAUACCCGCCCACAGACUCCGCUAGGCAUGUGUGCCGGACUGCACACGGUUCAUUCUUCUCUUCAUCAUCAGAUCCACCAGCAUCCAGGUAUCCAGAUCCUCCAUCCAGGUUUGCGCACUGCGGUGCAUCUACAAGGGAACUGCCAAAUGGUUCCCUGCAUGACCACCACCUUGCACACACCAGUGUCGCAGCCAGAAAACAUACCAGAGCUGCUGGUCUACACUAUGGCUACUUGA